GGGGGAAGGGCCCCGGGCCGGCUGAGGAGCCUAGGGGCGGGGUGGGAGGAGGACCGGCCAACCCCGGGGUGUGGGACUUGAGUACGUGUGUGGUGUGUCCCGUAGAGAAGGAAGGUGGCGAAGGGUGGAGAGCCCGAGUGGGUGGAGGGAGGGGAAGGGCGGGAGGAGAAAAAGGUGGGAGGAGGGCCAGGUGGGAGGGUGGCGGCUCACUCGGGACCCCACGGGGGCAGCGCGAUGAGGCGGGUGACCCUGUUCCUGAACGGCAGCCCCAAGAACGGCAAGGUGGUUGCUGUGUAUGGAACUUUGUCUGAUUUGCUUUCUGUGGCCAGCAGUAAACUCGGUAUAAAAGCCACGAGUGUGUAUAAUGGGAAAGGUGGACUGAUUGAUGAUAUUGCUUUGAUCAGGGAUGAUGAUGUUUUGUUUGUGUGUGAAGGAGAGCCAUUUAUUGAUCCUCAGACAGAUUCUAAGCCACCGGAAGGAUUGUUAGGACCCCACACAGACUGGCUAACAUUAAAUGUUGGAGGGCGGUACUUUACAACCACACGGAGCACUUUAGUGAAUAAAGAACCUGACAGUAUGCUGGCCCACAUGUUCAAGGACAAAGGUGUCUGGGGAAAUAAGCAAGAUCACAGAGGAGCGUUCCUAAUUGAUCGGAGUCCUGAGUACUUCGAGCCCAUCCUGAACUACUUGCGUCACGGCCAGCUCAUCGUCAACGAUGGCAUUAACUUGCUGGGAGUGUUAGAAGAAGCCAGAUUUUUUGGAAUUGAUUCAUUGAUUGAACACCUAGAAGUGGCAAUAAAGAAUUCCCAACCACCAGAGGACCAUUCACCAAUAUCCCGAAAGGAAUUCGUUCGGUUUCUGCUAGCAACUCCAACUAAGUCAGAAUUGCGUUGCCAGGGUUUAAACUUCAGUGGUGCUGAUCUUUCUCGUUUGGACCUUCGAUACAUUAACUUCAAGAUGGCCAAUUUAAGCCGCUGCAACCUUGCACAUGCAAAUCUCUGCUGCGCGAAUCUUGAGCGAGCUGAUCUUUCUGGAUCAGUGCUUGAUUGCGCUAACCUCCAGGGAGUCAAGAUGCUCUGUUCUAAUGCAGAAGGUGCAUCCCUGAAGCUCUGUAACUUUGAGGAUCCUUCUGGGCUUAAAGCCAAUUUAGAAGGUGCUAAUCUGAAAGGUGUGGACAUGGAAGGAAGUCAGAUGACGGGAAUCAACCUGAGAGUUGCUACCUUAAAAAAUGCAAAGCUGAAGAACUGUAACCUCAGAGGAGCAACUCUGGCCGGAACUGACUUAGAGAACUGUGAUCUGUCUGGCUGCGACCUUCAGGAAGCCAACCUGAGAGGGUCCAACGUAAAGGGGGCCAUAUUUGAAGAGAUGCUGACACCACUCCAUAUGUCACAGAGUGUCAGAUGAGAGUUUUGGGGAGGAAGAUAGCCGGAUGACAGAUGUUCUCCUUAUCGUCUUGUUUCUCUACCCAUUCAGUUGUCUAGAAGAUAUAACACUGUAAGAGAAUUU